GCCGGCCUCGGGCGGACCGGAUGUGACGUCACCCGGACGGUUUAGGGUGAGCAGCCGGAAGUGGAGUGUUCGCGCGAUGGCGCUGACCAUCCGCACGGAGCUUGGGGACAUGAAGCUGGAGCUGUUCUGUGAGAAGGCGUCCCGGGCCUGUGAGAACUUCCUGGCUUUGUGUGCUAGUGAUUAUUACAAUGGAUGUUUGUUCCACCGCAACAUCAAAGGGUUCAUUGUACAGACCGGCGACCCUACAGGCACUGGCAAAGGAGGAUCCAGUAUCUGGGGUGGCAAGUUUGAAGAUGAGAUUAAUGAACAUCUUAAGCACAACGUCAGAGGAGUUGUCUCCAUGGCAAACAACGGCCCUAACGCAAAUGGGUCACAAUUCUUCAUCACGUAUGGGAAGCAGCCUCAGCUAGACAUGAAGUACACAGUGUUUGGAAAGGUAAUCGAUGGGUUAGAGACUCUCGAUGAACUGGAAAAGCUUCCAGUUAAUGAGAAAACAUUCAGACCACUGACUGAUGUCCGCAUCAAAGAUGUUGUUAUUCAUGCCAAUCCGUUUGCACUCUGAUCCCAGAUGUGGCUGUCAGACCAGAGGCAACUUGUGGGACUGAGGACUGUGGUCAAGCUGCUGGGAUGCUAGCAGAGACUGACAGAAGAUCAAAUCAGUGAGAGCUACCCUCUCUAUGAACCACCAAGUUUUCCACUGCUCACCUGGAUGUGAUCCUUGGAAUCACAAGGAUUGCAAGGACUGCAUGUGAUGCUCCCACUGACACACUGUCUGUCUAUCUCCAAUCCUCCAUCUUAUUCUCUCUGCAAUUUCUCUGCCUCUUUCUCCCCCCCUCCCCCCAUCUACAUAUUCAUUCCAUGCCUCUUGCUGUUGUACUCUGUCACUCCUGUUCUGUCUCCCACUUGUUAGUUCCUACUCUUUCGCUUGUUACUCCCCUCUCUCUCUUUCUCUCCUCCACCCCGUCUAUCUCACAUUCUUUCACUUCUCCUCUCACUCUCUCUCUCUUGUUCAUUCCUCUCUUUCCCUCCCCGGUCAGCUGAGUUCCCAGCCCAGUGCUUCCAAAACUAUUUCUCACUGUGGCUCAGUUUAGAGGCUUGAAAUGAUUGUAACCUCUUUGUGAGAACUGAGUGGAGGGAGGAAGGAAAACACCUCAAGGGGCAGGGGAUGGAGUGGGUGGAGCUCCACAAUGACCAUUGCUGCCUUUGAGUUCACCCCCCCCGAAGUUUGGCUUGCAUCCCAUUGGGGUGCUGCCAUCCACUUUGGGAAGCCCUGUCCCUCCCCAGUAAAUGAAGGGAAUUGCUAAUUAAAUGAUGUUAAACUGAAAGAUUGGGAGUCUGCACAUCAUCAAUCUCAGAGGAGAGAAUGGACAUUGAAACUGCAGGUAUAAAUAUUCUGAAUUAGGAUUUCUUUAUGCUUGAUUUAGAUUUCAGCUGGACUUGACUUGGUAUAUGGUUUGUCUGUCACUGUACUAACCCCCUCAAUCUGAAGCA